AUGGACACGCUCCAGGCCUCCCCUAAUCCCAUCAUUGCAGCAGCCCCGCGGCUGAAAAGACCCUCUGGAGAGGGCGGGAAAGACUCCAGCAGCAGUCACAUUGAGAAUAUGCCUCUAAAAAUGAGACCAAAAAGGGUUUGCCCUGAAAAGGACGCCUUGCACUUCAUUGCUUCUGGGAAAGAUAAAGACAUAUUUCAGAAAAAACUCAUCAAUGAGGAGAAAGGUCAUGGAGUAAUCGCCGCCAUAAACAUUGAGCAGGGAGAUUUCUUGCUUGAGUAUGUUGGAAGACAUAUCACUGGCUUGGAAGGAGAGGCCCUGUUCAAAGAGUACUCAGAGAAAGAUGCCGCAUUUCUUUAUUUCUACUCCUUUCAGGAACAGACUUUCUGUUAUGAGGAUGUUGGAGGCCUAACAUACAAGUACAGAAAGGAAUCCGAUAUCCAAGACAGAACCCCUACAGCAAAUUGCUGUCCCCAAACACCAGAUGAAAUGGAUGAUGAGGAAGAAGAUGAAGAAGAACAAGCAGAAGAAGAAUCAUCUCCCACUGAAGAGGAAUCAUCUUUGUGUGAAAUGACCACUAAGCAAGAACAUUCCCUUUACCUGGACAUGUCAGAUGAUGAUGAAGAAGAAGAAGAAGAUGAACAACAAGCAGAAGCUGAAUCAUCUCCCACUGAAGAGGAAUCAUCUUUGUGUGAAAUGACCACUGAGCAUCAACAUUCCCUUUCCCUGGACAUGUCAGAUGAUGAAAAAGAAGAAAAACAGGCAGAAGUAGCAGCAGAAAAGGAAAUAAUCCAAGGAAAACCACCUUCAAAAACAGCAAUGACAGACAAUAUCAAAGUGAAAAUGUCCUCAAACUCAGAACAUCAGAGAAUCUAUGACAAGAAGAACUACUGCCUUUACUGUGAGAAGCCUUAUGCUAAAAUCACAAGACAUCUGAAGCAGAAGCAUUCUGCCAAAAUUGAAGUGGCUAAGGCAAUUUCAAUGAAAAAAGGAACACACAAGCAAAAUCUUGCUUUCAGCCAAAUAAGAAACAUGGGAAACUACCACCAUAACUGUUCUGUCCUGUCCUCUGGGAAAGGACAAAUCAUACCAAAAAGACAAGCAACCUUUCCAUCAACAGCAACAGACUAUCUGCCUUGCAGGUUUUGCUUUGCUAUGUAUGUCAAAACAGACCUCUGGAGGCAUCAAAAGCGUUGCAAACAACAAGUCAACAAGGAUGGACCAGUAAAAAGAAGGGUUCAGGCAAGAUGUUCCUUGAUGCUGCCCACGGACAAUACAUUUUCCAGUGGACUUAAGAAAGUUCUUGAAGACAUGACAUACGACACUGUAGCUCAAGUAGUGAAGUCUGACAUGCUUAUCACUUCACUGGGAGAGAGAAUGUUCCUCAAAAAUGGAGAGGUUGGACGACAUCAGGCAGACAUCAGGAAUAAGAUGAGAGAACUGGCAAGGCUUCUUAUUGUGGCAAGGAAAAUCGACAAAGACAUUGUCUUUUUGAAGGAUUUGAUCAACCCAGGGAAGUUCAACACAGUACUUGAGGCUGUAAAACAGAUGACUGGGUUUGAUCACUCAACAAACCGAUUCUUAGUUCCCUCAACUGCACUCAAAUUGCGCCAUUCCCUUGUGAAGGUGUCAUAUAUUUUGCAAGGAGAAGCUCUACGUCAAGAGGACAUUGUCUUAAAGGGAAGAGCAGAGCAAUUCCUUAAAUUAAUCGAACUGGAAUGGACAACACAUGUGUCAUCCAAUGCACUGAAAACACUGUAUCAAAAAAAAUGGAACAGCCCCCAAAUCCUGCCUCUAUCAGAGGACAUCAAGAAGCUCCAGGAUCAUUUAAAACACCUUGAAAAAGUCAACAAAAAAGCUCUCUUUGACAAACCUGAAAAAAACUCAUGGAGUGAGCUGUCUAAAGUCACACUGACACAGCUGAUUUUAUUCAAUCGUCGCCGUGAAGGAGAAGUUUCUAGAAUGGAAGUCAACACAUAUCUGCAGAGAAACAAACAGAGUAUGCAGGAUGACAUUCUGGAGAGUCUGUCACCUGUUGAAAAAAAGUUAUGUCAGAAACUCACCAGGGUAGAGGUACGGGGCAAAAGGGGCCGUAAAGUACCAGUGCUGUUCCCAACAAAUGUAAAAGAGUCUGUGGAACUCCUGAUUAAAACCAGGGAAGAGGUUGGGAUUCCCCCAAACAAUCCCUACAUUUUUGCCCGUCCGUGUUAUGGAUCACAGGAGAACAUUCGAGGAUGUGACAGUUUAAAGCAUUAUGCAAAAGCCUGUGGAGCCAAAGAACCAGAAAACAUCACAUCCACAAAAUUAAGAAAACAUGUUGCCACAGUUUCACAGCUCCUUAACCUGCAAACGAAUGAACUAGACCAGCUGGCAAGUUUCAUGGGACAUAAUAUCGAGGUCCACAGGGAGUUUUACAGACUCCCUGAAGAAACCCUCCAAAUGGCAAAAGUGAGCAAACUUCUAUUUGCCCUGCAAGAUGGAAUAGGCAAAUUCAAAGGAAAAUCUCUGGAAGAAAUAACACCCAACAUCAACUCUGAGCAGGACCUGAGCGACUCAGAUGCAGAGGAAGUCCAAUCUGAGCAGACUGCAACACCAAGUCAAGAAGGUAAGAUUUUCUUCUGCAUGUAG